GUGUGUGGCUGUAUUUACACACCUUUUUUUCCGAACUGUGCGAGUGUGACGGUCGCUCACUGUCAGCACGAGUUUGCAUUCCCUCCACCUCCACCUCCAACCACAAACCCCACCCGAGCAUUUUCCUGCGCCGGUGCGGAUGAUUACAGCUCACAUAAACAUGUCCUAGACACUGCCGUUGAAAGCUGCAUAAUUAGUGAAACUUCAAGCUUCUAAUGAUACCUCACUCUUGUCAUAGGUGAGUUAGAGUGUGUAACUGUAAGUGAUGAAGACAGAAGACAGCAAUAUGGAGACAGGCAUUUGCUCAAGAAGGGAGUGACAUUAAACAGAAAAUCGGGGCUGAUUAUUUGAAUUUCUUGAACUGGAACACAGAAGGAUUAUUGUCAAAGCCAGAAGACGUUGACUUUAUCGUUUAUGUCCACAUUUUAUUGUAGUAUCUAAUGCAAUGUUCAUAAAAAUGCUCGUUCAAAGGAUUGUCCAUAUCACACAGAGUUCAUCAAAGACUAUCGGGAGGACUUUGAACCUUAAGAAUGAAUUAGUGACUGAUGUAAAGCAUGUUGAAGCAAAGUAGACACAUGGAGAGCCUAAAAAUGCAGUGAAACAGAACUUGGUCCGUCAGGCCCUUCGUUUGUGUGAUAACUCGUCUCUCUGUGUCUUCGUAUUUGCAUAAAUGAAUGACAGAAAACCUGAAUGCUUGCAUCCCUCCAUCCAUCACGGUCUCCAUUGCGGGGGGACAAGUGACUGUAAACAAUUCCUCGUCGCAAAGUUGACGAGCGAUGUAUGUCUGUGAAGGAGCUGGGACUGUGGAGUACAGUCAGAGGCUAGAAAUGUCUGUCACACACGUGCUUGUAUCAUAAUGUGUGCAAGGACUGACACGAGCUACACGUGCGAACAGUGCAUUGUCUCCCCAACAGCCAAGAGGCUGAACCUCAUCGAAAAACAAUGUGAGUAAUGUGGAUGUUUAAUGACAGAGGUGAAGCCUGUUAGCCCAGUUGUAGACUAUACAGCUGUACAACUGUAUCAUCAUAGUUGGCGGCAGGGAAUUCAAGGGAGUCGUUGUCGGAGACAGGGGAGUGCAGUUGAAGGAUCGCAGUCAAGGAGGGGCUGGCAUUGAGUUGAAGUGACAGUGUGAGGUCCUGCUCUCGUCCUUUGUGAGAACAUCGUCGUUGACCUCACAAGACUUCUUGGGAUCAAACCAGCUUCCUAUGGAGCCGCUUGGAAGUUCAUCGUCGUCAUUAGAGAAGUCCACGUCAGGCCGCAGGGCUGUCGUCACGAAGAAGCGUUUCCUCAUCGUCGCGGUCGUCGGUGUUGUUGUCCUAGCGCUUGUCAUCGGAUUGGCCGCGGGGCUGAGCACCAGAGGGGACAUGCGCACUGCGUCGCUUCCGGAACGCGUGGUGAGGGCUGAAGAUGUCCUCGGGCGGUACCCGUUGGUUGAUGGACACAAUGACCUACCUUGGCAAUACCGAAGCCUUCUACAGAACAAAGUAUUUUCUGAACAAGCCAACCUGACAGUCGGGUGGAAUAAGGUGCAUACAGAUAUACCUCGGCUGCGGAAAGGGAAGGUUGGAGCACAGUUCUGGGUGGCGUUUACCCAUUGUAACACGUCGUAUCUGGAUGCUGUGCGCCAAGCCUUAGACCAGGUGGAUGUGAUUAAGAAAAUGGUGGCCCGAUAUCGGAGUGACUUCCAGUUUGUCACCACUGCUCAAGGCAUUGAAGAUGCUUUCAACAAUGGAAAAAUCGGGAGCAUGAUAGGCCUAGAGGGAGGUCAUCUUAUUGACAGCAGUCUGGGCAACCUGCGCAUGUUCUAUGAACUUGGGGUUCGCUACAUGACGGUGACCCACAGCUGUAACACACCAUGGGCCGACAACUGGAGGGUGGAUGAAAACAACACCCCGGUACACAACGGGCUCACUCCCUUUGGAAAAGUGGUCAUCAGAGAGAUGAAUCGCCUCGGCAUGAUGGUCGACCUGUCACACGUGUCAAGGAAGACGAUGAUUGACAGCAUACAAACCUCACGAGCCCCUGUCAUCUUCAGCCACUCCUCUGCUUUCGGCUACUGCAACCACUACCGCAACGUCCAAGAUGAUGUCCUCGAAAUGACGAAAAAUAACAACGGCGUUGUCAUGGUGAAUUUCUACAGCCCGUACGUUAACUGUUACCCUAACAACAUCAGCGAGCCAAAUGGAACUCUCUCGCAAGUGGCAGAUCACAUCGACUACAUCAAGCGCAAGAUCGGCAUCGACCAUGUAGGCAUUGGUGGAGACUACGAUGGAGUUGAAGUACUGCCCGUGGGACUGGAGGAUGUGUCCACGUACCCAGCAUUGUUCGCUGAACUGCUCAGGCGAGGUUAUUCCGAUGACGACCUCAUGAAGCUCGCCGGCAAAAACCUAGUCCGUGUGUUCCGGGCUGUAGAGAAGGUUCGCGAUGACCUAGCCUCUGAAAGACCUUAUGAAGACCUUAUAGAUAAAUCCACUUGGGUUAAUCUGACAUGUCGAACAGAUUUUUGAUGACAUUGAUAUAUCAGAAUGAAUUUUUA